AUGGUUUGUGAAAAUAUUGAAAAAUAUGUUCACAAGGAUGAACAAUUACCAAUAUUAUUAGGUCGUAUUCAUUCUCAUGGUGCAAAAACAUUUUUACUAACAAAUAGUGAAUAUUGGUAUACUGAUAAAUUAAUGGCAUAUUUAUUAACAAUUGAUAAUGUUAAUAAUAAUCCAAAACGUGAUUGGAAAUCAUAUUUUAGUUAUAUUGUUGUUGAUGCUCAAAAAUCAUCAUUUUUUGCUGCAGGUACAACAUGA